AUGUUGCAAGACGUAGUGAUAACCAAACUUUUCUUACCAGAGCGACGAGGAAAUCUCUUACUGACAAGCAUAAAACAAGAGCCAACUUCGGAAGGCUGCCUCCCUCAGAGCUUGUCGGCUCCAGUCACGGAAAUUUCUGAGCCUACUCAAUCUAAUAGUCGAACUCGAUUUACAAGGUCCCUAAGCGCCACCUGUCCACCACCUUACUUUACUUCAUCUGAACACAUAACCCUCCCAGGAAAUACUUUCUACACUUGGUCAGGAUUUUGUCAACAACCGAUUUCUGGGACGCUGAGUGGACAUCUGAACGAGUCUAAUGGACUUGUUGUAGGAAGUUCUGUACCUGCUUUAACCAGUGUCAAUGAUUCCACUCCCCUCACCGUACCCAGUGCAAUUCGUCAACGUGCACCACAUGAUGAUCAGUGUUCAUCAAGUAACGUGGUUCACAAUACAGCUUCCGCAGACACACGUCUACAUUUGGCGACAGGUGGUGAGUGUGUUAAUUCGUUAACAUUUAAUCAUCGCCCAGUUCAUUCAGCUGUUCGUAAUAGAUGUACGUUAGUUCCCCGUCCCACACCACUAUCAAAAGGAUGCACCCAACCAGCAACCAGUGUAUUGCUGAAUUCACAGCCACCAAUGGUAAACACUUGUUCCCAACAAUUAGGAAGUAAUAUACAAAAUCCAGUCGUAUCUACAGUCGAUCCGAACAGAUUGUCAAUCUCUUCAGCCGCCAACAGGAUUAAUGAACAAAUUAUGAAUCCUCCUCCUCCUCCUAUGGAUGAAAAUGUCCUAUGGGGUCGUGUCACUCGAAACUCAUCGGGAGAUUUAAAAUUUCCUGGCAUAAAUCGCACUUUUAAAAGUGUUUCUUCAGUCUUGAGACAAAUUUAUCAAACGGCUACGGCUGAAGACAGUUUGUAUUUACAGGUAGAUUUUUCAUAG